AGUCUCUGGAGUUAUUCUGCUCUUCUCAGAUAAGCUGUUUCCACCAUGAGGAACUUUCUGCUUCUUCUUUUCACUUUCACCCUGAUCAGUCAGGGACACGGAGACUCUGAUGGCAGCAGUAGAGCCUCAGACACGGAGAUUCAGGAUGUUUCAGAGGUUUUGUACAUUCUGGACUCGAACAAAGCCUCAGCAUCAGAACUCAUCAUCAGCCCACAAACCCUCAUAGACCAGUCUGAUAGCAGCACCAAGAAUGACCAGUCACCUCUACCGUUGUUUGCGUAUGUGAAUGAGGCGUCUCUCUUCUCGAAGCCUACCUACGCAGCAUUUAUUGCUUUGCUGGAUAACUAUGAGAAGAAGACGGGCGUGUCGGAGAACUUCAGUUCUGCAGAGGUGCAGGAACAGGAGAACUUCCUCAAACAGACCAUGAAGAACACAGAGCUGGGCAGAGAACUGUUCUCCUUCUUCUAUACUAAAGGUUAUUACAGGUCGUGGGAGGAGUUUCUCUAUGAUCUCAGGAUGAUGUGGUUCGGUCUUUACUCUCGCAGCAGUGGCAGUCUGGACUCCAGUGGCUUUGAGCACAUCUUCUUAGGAGAGAUUAAGAGUGGGAAAGUGUCUGGAUUCCAUAACUGGGUGAGAUUUUACCUGCAGGAGAAAUCAAGGCUGCUGAACUACUACAGUCACAGUUACGACGGCCCUUGGACGUCGUAUCCCGAUGUUCUGGGGAUGCAGUUCAUGUGGGACGGUUAUUAUAAACAGGUCGGUUCUGCUCUGAUCGGGUCCAGUCCCGAGUUCGACCUGGCCGUGUUUACACUGUGUUACGUCACACGACCCGGAAAAAACUGCCGUCUGAGUCUGGGAGGAAAACCGCUGAGCAUCCAGACCUACACCUGGGACAAAAACACCUACGGAGACGGCAAGAAGUACAUCGCCUCGGCUUACCCCAUCACCCCGUAACCCACCGCCUGUGCUCACUGCACAAACAACCCACUUCUUUAUCAGAUAAACUGAAAUAAAAGUAAUUACAGCA